GACUGCAGCUGGAAAACAGCAGCUCCGGUUUCUGAUCGGAUUUGGGGGUGGGGAGGGAGGUGUGUGUGGGAAAAGCCAAGCGAUGGAUCUUCCCUGCUUUUGACAACACUCUCCCCUUCAGGACUAAGACUGCACUGGAGGAAAAUAACUGCAAGGGAGAACCACUAAUCACACCUCCGUGUGGGAACUAACUUCGGGGAGUAGCGUGUGCCGCCAGCCCCAGGAUAUUCCCUGCCUCCAACCUGAAGUGGUUCCUCCUGGAACGGUUCAGUCGCCCCUGCAGUUCACCUUUGCCUGCCGUUAACAAGCGUGCAAUUUGGGUUUAAUGGAGCUGGGUUUAUUGUUCCUCUUUGGACUUACAAUUACGUCGACUGCAGGGUCCGCUCUGCCCCGGCCCCGCUCCCUUCCUCUGCCGGCCGGCGCUGAGCCGCGCUCGGCGGCGCUGGGACAGAAGGAUCGGGAGGAGAGCGAAGCGUCGGCGCUGCCGGCCGGCGGCAGAGCCAAGGUGGACGGCGGGGCGCUUCGGAGGCGGGCCCGGCGCUGCACUUGCUACACCUACAAGGACAAGGAGUGCGUCUACUACUGCCAUCUCGACAUCAUCUGGAUCAACACCCCCGAGAGGACUGUGCCAUAUGGGCUGUCUAACUUCAGAGGCAGUUAUAGAGGCAAAAGAUCUACAAGCCAGAUUCAAAGUACUUUCCCGUCUUCAUUUCGGUGCUCUUGUGUGGAUGCUCAUGACAAGCAGUGCAUGCAGUUUUGCAGAAGAACACAAGACAGAAGGAGCUUUAAUGUUUAUUUGCUGAAGCUCAGAAGAAAAAACUACAACUCUCCCUUGAGAUGGACAAACUUCUUGCUUCAGUCUGAUGCCAGUGGAGAAUUCAGCAUUAUCCAACACUUCCAUUUCAAGAAUGCCACUUUGAGGGCAUGUGAACCUGUAUGAAGAAGCCUUUGUCCAGUCUGAACGAGCCCAGUUCCCUCAGCUGCUCCUCACCAGACCCUUCACCAGCUUUGUUGCUCUUCUCUCAUGCUCCCCUUGCAAGAGUCUCAGUAAAGGAUAAUCUUUAUCAUGUAACCUGGCAGGGAAUGUACCGCUAUUGAAGAAAAAUUCAAGGGCGGAUCCAAACUUCAUCAACACAAUGUUUCAGGAAACACUUUUUUAUAAGAUUUUUUUUUCAAAGUACAGUAGAAACAUACUGUUCCACUUACUGCUUGCUAUGUGUCUGAAGAAUCCAUCCAUAGCUUUAUGCAGGCAGCUGUAAUCGGAGAAUGUGAUGAGUUAGAGAUUGCCUAUACAUGAGUUCUCAUUAAGAAUAAACAGAUACAAAGUAUUCCUCUUGUUAAUGUAUGCAAGCCUGAAUCAUCAUAUUGUAACUUCGUGGCAGUUGUUUAAAUGACAGUAUCUAUGCAGAAUAAAUAAGAAUGGCUAAUAUAACUAUUAUUAUAAACUAUAGCAAGUUAAGAGUAUACAGUGAGUAUUCAAUAGAUUACCUAAUGUAGGCACAAAUUAUUCCUACACUUCAAAGUUUCGUUCAGAAACCUUUACCAGGAUUAUUUAAGGAUGCACUGUGGUUGAUGAACAGAAUUCCAAUUAUUCACCCCAAAGAAUUUCCUAAUGGUAAAACCGCAGGACCGUGGAACUCCAACUGAAACUCCAUAUGAUGAGAGUAACUUACUGUAUGAGACCAUUUGCCUUUCUAAGCCCCUACAUAUGUUCUCAUCCACAGUACAUAUGUUUGUCUUUGGUAGCUAUAUAAAUCAGAUUUUUAUCUCCUCAUUGAACAGCAUUGCUGAAUAACUUGGAAACUUGGUAAUAAGGAUUAUGUCCAACUCUGGACAUUUCUCAGUGUAAAUGAUUUCUUCAGAAAUGAUGGAUUUUUUUUAUAUAUUUUUUUUUAAAGAAGAUGCAAGAGUAAGCUAGGAAGGAAAACAAAAUCCUGUUCUAUAUUAUUUAAAAAGAAAGAGAGGAAAUCCCUUGCUUGUGACAUUACAGAUACUUAUUUGGUUUGACUGACCUGCACACAGACUUUCCCCAGGGCACAUAGGUUAAACUAUAGCCCAGUGACAUUAAAUUAUAACAGACAAAAGAUGGAGACCAAAGGAAAAACGAAAAUAACUUAACAGUAAAAAUGGUUAUAUAGGCUUAAAAUGGUGGUAAUAGACUUUGUUUGAAAUGAAAAGGGAGGUCUUUGCCAAAAUAUAUAUAUGAUAUAUUUUAUAUA